CCAGUCGGCGAUUCAUUCUCAUCGGAAUCUCCCACCGCCGGCAGGUAAAGAGGCAACGCGGAUUCCCUAAAAGCGGUCAUCCGACCAAAUUCAUACUAGUAGUUACAGGAAAUCGGGUUCUUUUGGGAGGCUCCGCUGCUCUCUUACUGCGAAUCUCUUACUGUGAUUAUUCUUUAAAAAGUAUUCACAGUCCAAACUUUCAAAGUUUAUCUGAAAGAUUAAUCCCAUCGGUUACAACAGACUUGAGUCCGGAGCAAGUGCGCGCACAUCCCGCAGCCUAGGGCGAGUUAGGAAAUAACCGCCCAGCAGCCUUCCGGAGCGUCAGAAACCCCGUCGCCGCUCUAGACUUUCUCUAAGCCCUCUCCGUCUUUUGGGCCAAGCGGGAGUAAGCGUGCGUCUGCGUAAACGUGCAGAAUUGUUCAGAAAGGCUGAGAGACGUAGAAAAGCAGCUGCCUUUUGCUCGGAAGAAAGUUUGGCGAGCCAUCAGCUUUCACUGUGCUGCAGCAAGCUUGGCCAUGUGGCACUACUUAGCCAUCCUCCUGGGCCUCUAUCUCCUGUUCCGAUGGUAUCGUGACAAGCAGAGCAUAAGCAACGUGACAGAUAAGUAUGUCUUCAUAACAGGCUGCUGCUCUGGGUUCGGGAACCUCCUGGCCAGACAGCUGGACGCUCGGGGAUUUCGUGUGUUGGCAGCCUGUUUCACACCAGAGGGAGCGGAGAAGCUAAAAGAGAAUGCAUCAGAAAGACUGCAAACCACCAUCUUGGAUGUCUGCAGCACUGAAAGUGUGGCCAGAGCCACAGAAUGGGUCAAAAACCAGAUUGGCGACAAAGGCCUCUGGGGGUUGGUGAACAACGCAGGCAUCUCUAUCCCGUGUGGUCCCAAUGAAUGGAUGACCAAGGAAGACUUCAAGAAGAUUAUGGAUGUCAACUUUUUUGGGGUGGUGGACGUGACGAUACACCUGAUGCCUUUGUUACGAAAAGCCAGAGGGAGGGUGGUCAACGUGUCCAGCAUCGUGGGGCGGUUCUCCAUUGCUGGGGGUGGCUACUGCCCUUCAAAAUAUGCAGUCGAGGCUUUCUCCGACAGUCUCAGACGUGAGAAUGCAUCCUUUGGGUUGAAGGUCUCCAUGGUCGAGCCAGGCUUCUUCAAAACUGCUAUCACCAAUGAAAAGAUCUUGAGCGACAGCUGCAAGAGCCUUUGGGAACGGCUCCCGGAUGAAACCAAGAGAGCAUAUGGGGAAUCUUUCAUAGAAAAAUUUUAUGAAGUCAUCAGUCAGAUGCAAACAAACUGCAAUCCCAACCUCUCGCUGGUGACCAACUGCAUGGAGCACGCGCUGACUGCCGUUCACCCUCGCACCCGCUACUCAGCUGGCUGGGACGCCAAGUUGCUUUACAUCCCUCUGAGCUACAUGCCGACAUGGGUACAAGACAGUGUGGCCACCUUGUCUUACCCAAAACUAGGACAGGGCAAGUAGGGGCAUGAAACCAUUUCAUGUAAACAGUAGCAUUUGCAAUGGGGCUAGAAAAGGUGGGAUGCGCUAGAAAAAUUGCCAGCAUUUGGAGAAAUUUAUUGUUUUUAAAGACUUUCAUUUAGGUAAGUGGUAUUAGUGUGUGUGUGUGUGGGGGGGGUUCUUCCCCUAAUGCUCUUUUCAUAGAGUAUGAAGACUUUGUUUUCCAUCUCUCCCAGGUGAGCUUCCUGCUUUUGUAUAGUGUUGGAUCAGUGCCUUGAUAUCUUUCCCAGAGCUUCCAUAGCAGCAUCGCCAUGUGGCUGGCUGUUGUGCAAUCUCUGCACUAUAGGAGUGUUUUGCACAGGUCUUUUUUUCGUAGCAGUAACUCCUUUGCAUAUUAGGCCACACCCACCUGAUGUAGCCACCCUGAGCCUGCCUCGGCGGGGAGGGCGGGAUAUAAGUAUGAAAAAUAAAUAAAUAAAUCUUCCUGGAGCUUACAGUAGACCCUGUACUAAAAGGCCUGUAAGUUCUUGGACAAUUGGCUACAUCAGGGGUGUGACCUAAUAAGCAAAGGAGUUCCAGCUACAAAAAAGCCCUGGUUUUUGUAACAAUAAUGUUUUGUCCUUGCAGGAAAAAAUCCAGUUGUGGAUGACUGCUUAUAGUGUAAUGAUUGUAUCAUCUCAAUGGCACAUGGAUGCAAUCUUUCUCAGUGGUCAGUGGCGGGGGUUGUUUUAUUUUUAUUCCUUUUUUCACUUUCUGGCACUGAGUCCUCUUCUAGGCCCUGCGCAGCGUCCCGCUAGCUUCCCUUUCCUUUGCCAGAUGCCACAACACUGCUGUUACAGACAGGCCAUUUGGUGUUGAGCGGCAAAUCUCUUUGCCCUGGGGCCUGGCCACUCAGUAAGGAUGGAUUGGCUGUUAGGCCCACAGGGGGAAAAAAAUCUCAGUGGGACAAUGGCUGAGGGGAAGGUAUUUGUUGAAUGCCCAGCCCAGCCUCCCCUGCAUCAGGUGGAGCAUAACAUUGAAGUAGGGCCCUUUCUAGAAAGCCAGUGUGGUGUAGUGGGUAGAGUGGUAGAUUAGGAUCUUGGGCAACUUGGGUUUGUAUUUCCCCUUCUUGCUGGGUAGCGUUGGGCCCGUCACAAACUCUUGGCUUGGCCUACCUGAUUGGGUUGUUGUGAGAGAACAGAGGAGGGGAACAAUCAUGUUCUAAGCUGCUUUGAGUCCCAACAGGGGGAUAAAAGCAGGACAUAACUAAAUUAAUAAAUGCAAAUGCUGUUUUGGCAUCCCAUUCUUUCCCUGCAAAGUAACUCUGUAAACCGUUUACCCAGGAGGUUGUGUGCAGAUGUCAUCCGUGCAAACAGGAAUUGUGCUGUCUGUGGCACAGCUCUGGUGCCACUGAGGUCUGUGCCACGUAGAGACAGUUGGUGAGCAUAACUGUCUUCAGUUCUGCCUCAUAGCAGAGCCAUGUCGCUCGCCUGUUCUGAGUUAGCUCUCUAAGGUGACGUCUGAAUUGUGGUCAGUGUGGCUUUUCUCCUGUAGGGCGGCCCCAGCUUCAAAAUCUGCCAUCAUAUGCAUUCAUACAUACCAGCUGGAUGCAGGUGCAUUGAUUGGUUUCAUCCCCUCCCCUCAUACACACUUUAUCCGAGGACCCACAGGGACCCUCACUCUGCUCCAGAACCUCUCCUUCCAGGAUUCUCCAAGCUCUCAGGGGUUUGAGCAGACUAGUUUCUUUUCCCUAAUCUUUCCCCCUCUUUAAUGAAACUGGCAUUUGUCUCCUGGAGCAGAUUCUGUCUUCAUCGAGCCCCACUUCCUCAGGGCUUCUGUUGUUGCUGCUGCUGCUGCUUCUUUUUGAGUCAUAUUGUGCUGCAUCCUCGGGGAGUCCCACAAAUAGAAAAAGUCCCCUCUAUUAUCGGUGGGUGGAUCAGUUUGUACAGUUUGGGGUUUGGCAUGUGAAUGUCACUGUUAUAAAUUGUAUGCAGACAUGUUCGCCUUAUUAAAAACCUUGCAAGAA